AUGGCGUCCAGCGUGGAUGCGAAGCUCAUUAGGCGGACUAAGUUCCCCCCUGAGUUCAAUAAAAAGGUGGAUAUGACCAAGGUCAAUAUCGAGGUUAUGAAGAAAUGGAUCGCAAGUCAAAUCUCCAAAAUAUUGGGAAACGAGGAUGACGUUGUUAUCGAGCUCUGUUUCGCACAUCUGGAGGGACCACGCUAUCCCGAUAUCAAAUCUCUCCAAAUCCAACUUACCGGAUUCCUCGACAAAGAUACUCCCAAGUUCUGCCAAGAGCUGUGGUCGUUGUGUCUGAGCGGUCAGGCCAAUCCACAGGGAGUUCCGAAGGAGCUCCUGGAGGCCAAGAAGCUUGAGCUCAUACAAGAGAAGGUGAUUCUCGAGGCCGAGAAAGCUAGUGAAGCACUUCGACGCCAAAGGGAACAAGACCAAAACCGCGAACGAGAGCUGGACGAUGAAGAGGUGGUGAUCGCGGUGGCCGAGGUCGAGGGCGAGACUUCAACAACAGACGAUCUUCCCCUCCCAGAGACCAAGACCGUAGCCGAGACCGAUUCCGCGAGCCUCUUCCGCGACGUGACUUUGACUCCUACGUGCCGCCUGGCAAUCGCCGUGGCCGCCGACCAUCCAAGUCUUCACACGGCACUCGUUCUCCAUCUCGAUCCCCAAAGCCAUCAUCACCAUCUCGUCGAACUCACGAUGAGCUACGCCACAGACGACGCGAACGCCGCCCCCGUUCCACAAGCAACUCAGUAUCUCCCGAGCGACGCAACCGCGGAGGAGCGAGAAGACGCAGCAGUCCGGAUUACGGUGACCGUGUUAAAGCAAGACCCAUUUCCCGCAGCCGUUCCCCGCGCUCACGUUCCCCCAGAGGAGACCGCCGCCGACGAAGCUCCAUCUCUCGUAGCCGCAGUGUAUCAUCGCCGCCCCGCCACACCCGGCGCCAGGCAGACUCUCCCAAGUCCGUAUCUCCCUCGAGAUCCCGCCGCUCAUCUGGACGCUAUGCCCGCCGCGAUUCUCGUCGCUUGA